UUUCCGGCUAGGUGCUCAUUCAAAACAACAGCGGGAGGCGCUUCUUUCAUUGUAACUAACACGAUUAACGUUAGAAAUGUAAAUACGAUUAUCAUAAAAUUUCAUUAUUAAAACGUAGACCAUGUUGUUCAGUGGCUGGAUGCGUGGAACUAACGGAAAGUAAAGUGUUUCGUUUUCUUAAAAAGCAACUGGACGCAUGACCCGUAGCAGUGACGCGAGACGACUACAACUGUAACACAACUUAUCUCUGAAAUCAUGGAGUUGAGAGAGGAAAGUCAAGAACUGAAUAAAGUGGAGGAGAAACAUCAGGUUCAGAAAUCUUCUAACUUUAUACAAGAACAAGGGUCUUGCUCACAGACUGAGAAGAAUUUCUCACAAAAGAGAACUAAAAAAACAGAAGCCAAAAACUCUGCCACUUGCCUUCAGUGUGGAAAGAGUUACACACUUAAAAGCAACCUUAAGAAACACAUGAGAAUUCACACCGGAGAGAAACCUUUUACAUGCUCUGAGUGUGGAAAGAGUUUUACACGUAAAGACCACUUCAAAGCUCACAUGAGAAUUCACACUGGAGAGAAGCCGUUCACCUGCCAUCAGUGUGGAAGGAGUUUCAGAGCAAAGGAAGCGCUAAAUAAUCACAUGAGAAUUCACACUGGAGAGAGGCCUUUUUCAUGCUCUCAGUGUGGAAAGAGUUUUACACGUAAAGAAAGCCUUAAUAUUCACACGAGAAUUCACAAUGGAGAGAAGCCUUUUUCAUGCUCCAAGUGUGGAAAGAGUUUUAUAUGUAAAGCAACCCUUAAUGCUCACAUGAGAAUUCACAGUGGAGAGAAGACUUUCACAUCAUCUCAUUGUGGAAAGAGUUUUGCACGUCAAGGAAACCCUGAUAGGCAGAUGAAAAUACACACUUUACACACAUGCUCUCAGUGUGGAAAGAGUUUUUUGAGUAAAACGCAUCUUAAUUCUCACAUGAGAUUUCACACUGAGGAGAAGACUUUUACAUGUACUCAGUGUGGAAAGAGUUUUCUGAGUAAAAUAUAUCUUAAUUCUCACAUGAGAUUGCACACUGGAGACAAGACCUUUACAUGCACUCACUGUGGAAGAAGUUUCACACUAAAAGAACACCUCAAAAGUCACAUGCGAAUUCACACUGGAGAGAAACCUUACACGUGUCAUGUGUGUGGAAAAAGUUUCACACGUGCAUCCACUCUAACGAGUCAUCUCCGCAGUCACUCUGGUGAAAAGCCAUUUAACUGUGAUGACUGUGGUAAAACAUUCACAACGCAGUCACGGCUAACAGCACACCUUAAAGUUCAUACCAAUGAAAGGCCUCACUUGUGUUCAUUUUGUGGGAAGAGUUUUUCAUGGCUGAGCUAUUGGAAAGAUCAUCAGAAAAUACAUACUGGUGGGAGAGAUCAUGUGUGCUUUGUGUGUGGGAAGGGCUUCAUUGCAGCCAACCAAUUAAAAGCACACCUGAGAAUUCAUACUGGAGAGAAACCUUACAAGUGCUCACAUUGUGACAAGAGAUUCGCUUAUUCAAAGCAACGGAAAUCACAUGAGAGCGUUCAUACUGGAGAGAAACCAUCCGUUUCACCCGAUUAGGGAAUCUUCACGCUCACAAAAGCCAAGUUCGUCUUCUGGUUCGAUGCUUUCCAGUAAAUAGCAAAAAUUCAGCCUAAAAUCAUUUACUCACCCUGAUGUCAUUCCCAGUUACUUUCUUUCUGCAGAACACAAGAAGAAAUAAUUAAAUGAAUGUCCUGUCUUCUGACUUCAAUACAAUGGCAGUACAUUGAGACUCACUUUAACGUCAUGUUGCCAGAACCAAUGAAGUUUGAUGUUAUCAACAGAGCUGCCAUUGAAUUACUGUGCUGUUUAUGGACUCAUUGAUUUUCUUUGAUUUAAGAGUGAAAAAGGUCUUAAAUUAUGAACUGUUCAUCAUUCAAAGUGAUCGUAUGCCUUCAUAAGACUUCAUGCACAAGCUAUCAUCUAAGAAGUUGCGUUAGGAGCUGUCUUGCAUUAAUUUUCUAUGGCAUUUGCCAGACGUUAAUCAGUCUAUAAAAUCUCUCUGUUCAUCAACUGCUUGAUUUUAUUAAUUAUAGCCAUUACAAGGCAUUGAGAAAUUAAAAGACGUGCUUGCAAUGAGACUAAAAUAGUGCUGUUGUGUUUAGAAAUGUAGCUAGUCAACAACUCUUACAGUGUGGAUGAAAAUAUGUGUAGGAAAAAUGUUCAUUUUUGUCACACUAGCAUUUCUGCUGUGUAAAUAGUUUGCAUUAAUCAGUCAAGCUGCGACGUGUGCGAGUAAUUGCUGAACGUGCUGCAUUACUGUCAUUCAUUUGUCUCAUAAGGCCACAGAUGCUGAUUGUACAUUUAAAUAUGAGAAAUAAAUUAGGAGCAAAAUCUUGGUUGUGCUGGUGGAUUUCAAUGUACAAUUAAAUGGAAAUUCUUAGAAAGCCCAAGAAAUGGCCGACUCCCUGAUCAGUGUCCUGACCACUGAACUAGAAUAUUUGAUAUUUUAAAAAAAUUUCUUUUCAAUACAAAGGCAGUGUAUAGUGCUGCACUUUAAAGCUUAAAAAGAACCCCAAAGUAUUAUUAAAGUAGUCAGUGUGGCCCAUGUGUGCGGUUUUUGUGAGAAACAAUCUCACCAAAUCUCAGGGUUUCUUUAAGAAUUGAUCAUGCUUUUUAAUUUAAAAUCCUGGGCCACAUACUCACACAUAAUGCCAGAAUAAUAGUAGAGAGAAUGAUUUAUUUCAGCUUUUAUUUCUUUCAUCACAUCCCCAGUGGGUCAGAUGUUUACAUACACUUUGUUAGUAUUUGGUAGCAUUGUCUUUAAAUUGUUUAACUUGGGUCAAACAUUUUGGGUAUCCUUCCACAAGCUUCUCACAAUAAGUUUCUGGAAUUUUGGCCCAUUCCUCCAGACAGAACUGGUGUAACUGAGUCAGGUUUGUAGGCCUCCUUGCUCACACAAGCUUUUUCAGUUCUGUCCACAAAUUCGGAUUGAGGUCAGGGCUUUGUGAUGGUCACUCCAAUACCUUGACUUUGUUGUCCUUAAACCAUUUUGCCACAACUUUGGAGGUAUGCUUGGGGUCAUUGUCCAUUUGGAAGACCCAUUUGCGACCGAGCUUUAACUUCCUCGCUGAUGUCUUGAGAUUUUGCUUGAAUAUAUCCACAUAAUGUUCCUUCCUCAUGAUGCCAUCUAUUUUGUGAAGUGCACCAGUCCCUCCUGCAGCAAAGCACCCCCACAACAUGAUGCUUCAUGGUUGGGAUGGUGUUCUUACCCUUUUUCCUCCAAACAUAACUAUGAUCAUUAUGGCCAAAAAGUUCCAUUUUUGUUUCAUCAGACCAAAAAGUAAGAUCUUUGUCCCCAUGUGCAUUUGCAAACUGUAGUCUGGCUUUUUAUAGCAGUUUUGGAGCAGUGGCUUCUUCCUUGCUGAGCAGCCUUUCAGGUUAUGUCGAUAUAGGACUCGUUUUACUGUGGAUAUAGAUACUUGUCUACCUGUUUCCUCCAGCAUCUUCACAAGGUCCUUUGCUGUUGUUCUGGGAUUGAGUUGCACUUUUCGCACCUCUAGGAGACAGAAUACGUCUCCUUCCUGAGCGGUAUAAUGGCUGUGUGGUCCCAAGAUGUUUAUACUUGCGUACUAUUGUUUGUACAGAUGAACGUUGUACCUUCAGGCAUUUGGAAAUUGCUCCCAAGGAUGAACCAGACUUGUGGAAGUCCACAAUUCUUUUUUUCUGAGGUCUUGGCUGAUUUCUUUUGAUUUUCCUAUGAUGUCAAGCAAAGAGGCACUGAGUUUGAAGGUAGGCCUUAAAAUACAUUCAUAGGUACAGCUCCAAUUGACUCUAAUUAACCAAUUAGCCUAUCUGAAGCUAAUUGCCUAAAGGCUUGACAUCAUUUUCUAGAAUUUUCCAAGCUGCUUAAAGGCACAGUUAACUUAGUGUAUGUAAACUUCUGACCCACUGGAGUUGUGAUAUAGUCAAUUAAAAUUUAAACAAUCUGUCUGUAAACAAUUGCUGGAAGAAUUACUCAUAUCAUGGCCAAAAUAGGUGUCCUAAACAACUUGCCAAAACUAUAGUUUGCUAAUCUGAAAUCUGUGGAGUGGUUAAAAAAAUUUUGUUUUAAUGACGUCAACCUAAGUGUAUGUAAACUUCUGACUUCAACUGUGUGUGUGUGUGUGUGUGUGUGUGUGUGUGUAUAUAUAUAUAUAUAUAUAUAUAUAUAUAUAUACAUACAUACAUACACACACACUGAUCAGCCACAACAUUAAAACCACUGACAGGUGAAGUGACUAACAUUGAUUAUAUCAUUACAAUUUCACCUGUCAAGGGGUGGAAUAUGUUAGGCAGCAAGUGAACAGUCAGUUCUUGAAUUUCAUGUGUUGGAAGCAGUUAAAAUGGGCAAGUGAAAGGAUCUGAGCGACUUUGACAAGGGCCAAAUUGUGAUGGCUAGACGUCUGGGUCAGAGCAUCUCCAAAAUGACAGAUCUUGUGGGGUGUUCCCGGUAUGAAGUCGUUAGUAGCUACCAAAAGUGGUCCAAGGAAGGACAACCGUUGAAUCGGCGACAGGGUCAUGGGCACCCAAGGCUCAUUGAUGCAUGCGUGGAGCGAAGGCUAACCUGUCUGGUCUGAUCCCACAGAAGAGCUACUGUAACACAAAUUGCUGAAAAACUUAAUGCUGGCCAUGAUAGAAAGGUGUCGGAACACACAGUGCAUCGCAGCUUGCUGCGUUUGGGGCUGCAUAGCUGCAGACCGGUCAGAGUGCCCAUGCUGACCCCUGUCCACCGCCGAAAGCGCCUGCAAUGGGCACAUGAGUGUCAGAACUGGACCAUGGAGCAAUGGAAGAAGGUGGCCUGGUCUGAUGAAUCAUGUUUUUAGAACAUGUGGACGGCCGGGUGCGUGUGCGUUGUUUACCUGGGGAAGAGAUGGCAGCAGGAUGCACCUUGGGAAGAAGGCAGGCCGGCGGAGGCAGUGUGAUGCUCUGGGCAAUGUUCUGCUGGGAAACUUUGGGUCCUGGCAUUCAUGUGGAUGUUACUUUGACAAGUACCACCUACCUAAAGAUUGUUGCAGACCACGUACACUCUUUCAUGUCAACGUUAUUCCCUGAUGGCAGUGUGGCCUCUUUCAGCAGGAUAAUGCACCCUGCCACACUGCAUAAAUUGAUCAGGAAUGGUUUAAGGAACAUGAUAAAGAGUUCAAGGUGUUGACUUGGUCUCCAAAUUCCCCAGAUCUCAAUCCGAUUGAGCAUCUAUGGGAUGUGCUGGACCAACAAGUCCGAUCCAUGGUGGCUCCACCUCGCAACUUACAGGACUUAAAGUAUCUGCUACUAACGUCUUGGUACCAGAUGCCACAGGACACAUUUAGAGGUCUUGCAGAGUCCAUGUCUUGACAGGUCAGAGCUGUUUUGGCAGCACAAGGGGGACCUACAUGAUGUUAGGCAGGUGGUUUUAAUGUUGUGGCUGAUUGGUGUAUAUAUAAAGUUGUAUUUCCCUUGUGGUGUUGUUUGGUCUAAGAAAGAAAUAAUGGUUAUCGACCAGAUGUUUUAAAUAUAGCUUAACCAAAUGCUCUAUUUCUAAAAGCAAAUUUUUGAUUGCCCUGAAAUGCUUGCCGCAUUAAUAUCAAUAGCUUGAGAGAAAUAACCGGGCCAUCACUUUUAAUGGAGCUGCUGAAAAGUUUGUUUCACACAUAUAAUUCCCUGUUUUCACCCCAUUCAUUAUUUAAGAUCUGUAAAUUGCCACAUUGAGCACAUUUCAUUGGCAUCAACAGUCUUAGGCAAACUGCAGCACUAUAUGUAAUGAUAACCACUUUAUAUCUAUUUUAAAAUCGGUUACCACCUCUGUUUAACAACAACAAUUUAAGGUAUUUUACAAAAGUACCAUCAAUUAUUCAGUAACGCUUUACCUAAAACAACAUAUCACUUAUAUUGAAUUAAUUUGAUCUUUGUCAUCAUAUAGAGCCUGCAAGUACUUUUAUUUUUAGAUGAAGCUCUUCAGUAACAUAAUACUCUUAAAACAGCAUUUAAAAAGCAUCGUUCAAAAGUUGUUCAAAAAAUUGCAAUUUUAUUCAUCACUUGCUUUAAAUUGAUUGUGAAUUACAGUAAAGACAUUUAUAAUGUUGUAAUGAUUAUUAGGGGUAGUGGUGGCUCAGCAGUUAAGGCUCUGGGUUACUGAUCAGAAGGUUGGGGGUUCAAGCCCCAGCACUACCAAGAUGCCACUGUUGGGCCCUUGAGCAAGGCCCUUGACCCUAUCUGCUCCAGGGAUGCUGUAUCAGGGCUGACCCUGCACUCUGACCCCAGCUUAGCUAGGAUAUGUGGGGGAAAAAUAAGACUUUCACUGUGUACACUGCAAAUGUAUAAUGUGUGAUAAAUAAAAUUAUUAUAAUUAAUUAUUGACAUUAGUUUAGUUGCAGACUCCAGUAAUGACUGCUGAAAAAUGGGGCCAUUAUGGGCAAAAUAAAUAGAAAAGCAAUUUCAAACAACACACACCUUCAGUGAAGCCAUGCCCACAACAGUCC